UGCGUUUACCUCCGUCUCCGUGAGUCAGUGAGGCUCGCGCUUUCGAGCGGCAAGCACCGAUUCUCUUAGUUAAUCAUUUCAAUCGAGUGACAAUACACAGCACAUGACGAACGAGCAAAUUUUCAUAUAAAUUCAACAUUGAAUUUAUGAAAUAGAUUAUCGUUGAAACAACUUUUUCCCGAUUCGUGCAAUAAUUUUCUUUAGUGAAGAAAAACAAUUUGACUGGAUCACAGCAGGAAGGUGUUACAAUGCGCCGCACGACUUAUCUGCCAUUUGCUUUGGCAAUUUUCACAGUGGUCCUUAUCUCACUGCCAUCUUCGUCACGGGCCGUUCCUGAUUACAGUGAUUUACCACCAGGCCCUUAUUGCAGAACAAGAUAUCCUGCUGGAAGAUGCUGCGUCGGAAGACGAGACGAGUGCAGCGCACCGAUACUCACUACGUUUUGUUACUGCGAUGAUUUUUGCAACAGAACAAGAGAGACUGGGGAUUGUUGCCCUGAUUAUUGGAGUCACUGUAAAGGAAUAGAACCUCCGCAGGAGAUAAGAGAUUGUAGCUACAACGACUAUAAUUGUAAUAAAUGCAAAUGCAUUAAUGGAUUACUCGAGAGAGGAUGCGAGACGAAUAAACGUUGCCUUAUCGAUAAUGAUCUAAUUGGUGAUAUAAAUAAUAAGGCACCUUUCCUUGGUUGGGAUGCUAAGAAUUAUUCUCAAUUCUGGGGUAAAACUUUGGCCGAGGGUGUACAGCUCAGACUGGGUACCCUUAAUCCAUCUAAAUCCGUUUACAAAAUGAAUCCUGUGGCGAAGAUGUACAAUCCUCUGACGCUGCCCAGGGCAUUCGAUGCCAGGGAAAAAUGGCCAGGCGAUAUUUCUGAGAUUCGUGAUCAAGGGUGGUGCGCAGCAUCCUGGGCAAUCUCGACCGUCGACGUGGCAUCGGACAGAUAUUUUAUCAUGAGCAAAGGAGCGGAACAAGUGAAAUUAAGUCCGCAGCAUCUUCUCUCCUGUAACAAUAGAGGACAGCAAGGUUGCAAGGGUGGAUACUUGGACAGGGCUUGGCUUUUCACCCGAAAAUUCGGUUUGGUGGAUGAAGAUUGUUAUCCCUGGAUCGGACAAGACGACAAGUGCAGAAUCCGCAAGAAGGGUAAUCUCCAGCAGGCAGGUUGUCGGGCUCCCAUGAAUCCAUUCAGAAAAGAGAUGUACAAAGUUGGUCCAGCUUAUCGUCUUGGAAAUGAAACUGAUAUCAUGCAGGAGAUUAUGGAAUCUGGACCAGUACAAGCCACCAUGAGGGUCUAUCAAGAUUUCUUUAUCUACAAGAGUGGUAUCUAUAGACAUUCUACAAUCGCUGAACGUUAUCCCUCUGGUUAUCACUCGGUAAGAAUAAUUGGUUGGGGUGAAGAUGUAUCAAGAAAUGGUGGUCGUGUUAAAUAUUGGCUCGCUGCUAACUCCUGGGGCUACAGCUGGGGCGAGAAUGGACUCUUCAGAAUUGUUCGAGGUAUCAAUGAGUGCGAGAUAGAAUCAUUUGUUCUGGCCGCAUGGGCUAAGACCAUUUAAUUCGAUAAAUCAGUUCAGAAUUAAUAAUUAUUAUAUAUUAUUCGCGUCUUAAGAGUCCACCGUUCGCGUAAUUUUUAAUACUGCUCUAUCAGAAGAAAAUAUACUUGUAACGAUGAUAGUGCAUUAUCUGAUGGCCAACGUGAACAUUAUAUAUCUUGUAACGAAAGCAGGCAUUCGUUAGUUGAGCUAAGUAAAUUUAGAGAGAUGUGCUACGUUAUAAAUAGGAAAAGCCUUAAAGUGAUCUAAGCAAUUAUUUUUGUUAUAAACGAAGUAGAGAUUAGCGUAAGAAAUUAAUAUGUAUUCAACGUAUGUAUUGACAAUCAUAUGCAGAGUAAUUUGUGGUAAUAAGUAUUGUACAUCCGUGUCCCUAGUGACAAUAAUUAUUUUUACCGUGGCCUUUCAAGAUAAUUACAUCAUGUAAUUUAUUUUUCUCUCUUUCCUCAUUUUAUAACCGUUCAACCGUCAUUGGCUUCGUAUAACACUGCCACUAUGUACGCGUAAGAAAAUCAUUACUUCAUGCAUCCCUCCUCAGAAUUUUAUAUCUAGCCGUGACAUUGAGGAGAUGUACUUUUAAUAAGUCUACUGUAGUACGAUUAUAUAAUAUAUAUAUCUACAUAUUCAAA